GCCCCAAUAAUAAUCUACGGAUUUAAUAAGAUUAAAAACAAUCCAGGAUCUACAUUUGUAAUUUUUAAUGCCCACUAUUGUUUGGCAGAGAUUAUAUUACUUUAGAGGAUUCUCACAGUUUAAACAUGGUUAUAUUGUAUAUAGAUCAGGUUGACCUACAAAUAAUAUUAAUAUGUUUAUCACAUCGCUUGACUAUGUGUUUUAUGACAUUGUAAACAAUUUUGAAAAGGAUCACUAUUUAAUUUACAUAAUAAAGUAUGUACGCAUAUUGAAAGGGUUCGGUAUCGAUUAUUGAUAAAAGCGAAAUAUCUUCGGCAAUACAGUGAAUAGGCACUAAUCGAUGCAAGUAUUCGAGACACCUCAUGUGAAGCUGUAAACUGGAAUAUGAAAGGAAUUGCUUGUUUUGAAACAACUGAACUUUAAAAUUGCGAGUUUUAACAUAAAUAUAGUUGCGUCGAUCUUGUGCCAAUGACCGCUAAACAACUUCAAUAGAAAAUAUGGACUAUAAUUUAAAACUGGGACAGUUGCAGUCGACAGGAUGUAUGUGAUACUUUUAAUUCCUAUAUGACUGAUCAAGGUUAUUCCUGCAAAGGAAUAAAGUCGUGAACAAAUUAAUUAUUUCUAAUUAGUAUUGUAUAUCUAGGAUAGGAAGACGCACAAAUGUUGAAUUGUUACGUUUGAAUAAAGAUAAUAUUUGAUAUUAUUGUAGAAGUUAGUACAAAGCAACAGUAUGGCUACCAACCAAGACAGACCAGUUCCGAUACCUACAGUGGGUCUUGGACAGUCAUAUAACUUCACUGAAAAUAAUGUGCCGGAAGUUGUAAAAUCUCUUGUGCACGUAAUUCACGAGGGGAAGUCGGAAAAAGUGAGUGGCAUUAUAUCUGAAAUAAAAUCCAAAAAGAAGGAGAAAGAACUUCAGAAUAUGUCCCCUGAGUGUGAAACUAUACUACACAGGGCAGUUAAGAUGCGAGCUAAUAGCGACACUAUAUCCGCUUUGCUGACUGCCUGUCCCGAACUGAUCACUGAAGCCAGAUGUGACUCCGAACUUUACAGAGGACAGACCGCACUCCAUAUCGCCGUAACGGGUGAAGACAUAGCAGUUACUGAUGGUUUGUUGCGCAAAGGAAAAGAACUAGGUGUGCUUGAAAAUAUCUUAUCAGCAAGUGCCAUCGGUACUAGGUUUGAAAACACGGUUAUGCUAGGUGAAAUUCCCCUCAUAGUUGCAGCCCUUACUUUAAAUAUUAAACUAUUUGAUAAACUGAUUGAAUAUGGUGCUAAGAUAGAUUCUCAGAAUUCAAAAGGAGAUAAUGUGUGUCAUAGUUUGAUUCGCUAUGCGAAUUUGUAUCCUGAAAAGAUUAAUGAUAUUAUGACAAUGGUAGAACGUAUUUCUGGUAUAAAAGCAGACAAACCAGAAGAAAAUCUGAAUAAAAUAGAAAGCAUUAAGGAAAUGUCUAAAACAUCUGCAAUUCAGAGUAGUUAUAUUUGGCUAACGCCAAAUAAGGAGGGGCUUAACCCUCUGAAACUGGCUGCCCAACUUGGACAACAAUCCAUAUUCAAAUUUAUAAUGGAAAUGAAAGGUGUUUACUGCUACGUGAAUUCUGAAGAUGGACUUUUUGAUGUUGAACUCUAUGACGUCACAGAUAUUGAUGCAACUUCUGAGUUUAAGCUGGUAGAUAUCAUUCCAUGGGUAGAUGACAUGAAAUGGAGCGACACGCAACAGAAAGCAGAUGACUAUGUACAACCAACCCCGUAUAAAGUUCCCACCCUUGAGAUGAUAUUUGAUAGUAAUUCUACCACAGUAUUUAAAUUUAUCGAGUUGUCACCAUUACGGUAUGUCAUUAACAGGAAAUGGGAAUUCUACAAGUGGUUUCUCGCAAUUUGGGGUAUUUUGCACAUGCUGUUCAUGAUUGGAUACACAGUUUACGCUGUUCGGCGCUCGUCAGUUGCUGACAACACGACCAGUACUAACAGGACCGUCUACACUAUCGGUGACGAUGCCUACGUCACAUUUUACGCAAUUCUUGGCCUUGUGUCUGCGUUCUUUUAUAUUGUACAGGAAGUGAUUAGAAUGAUCAAGGGCCGCAUGCCGUGGACGAUAUCACAUGUAACAAACUGUUAUCAUAACGGCCCACUCCGACUCGUUCUGGUUUUGUUUGCUUUCACAAUAGUGGCAGACUUUAUAUGGCGGGUUGUUGAUGAAAAGUAUGGGGACUAUUUUCUCGUCUGCUCAAUGAUUCUAGGAUGGUGGUUCCUGGUUUUCUUCCUUAGGGGUUUUAGACAAUUUAGCUUCUUCACAGUUAUGAUACAAAAAGUAUUAGUUGGUGAUAUGUUUCGAUUUUCAAUCGUUAUUGGUAUGGAACUUAUUGCUUUUACAUCUGGAAUAUACAUUGUAUUCAGAGGUUCUCCAAAACUUACUAUUGAUAUUGGAGAAAACGAAAACGUUCAUGAAUACAGCAAACUAAUGAUUGCUAUGUUCAAGAUGAUGUUCGGAUUUACAUCAUUGGAUGUUUUGUUUGAUGCGCAAUCUCCUUGGUUUGCCGUCUGUAUAUAUGUUGCAUUUGUGCUUCUGACAUACGUAUUGAUGAUAAACUCGCUGAUUGCAAUGAUGUCAAACACGUGUAGUUUUGUGUCUCAGAACCGUGACAUUCAAUACAGAGUUCAACAGCUAUCAAUUAUUCUUUUCUUCGAGAGUAUUUUCCCAGUAUGUUGUUUACACAUGGUAGGUCAGCCUCGUGUGUGCGACUGGUAUGAUUGGGACACAAAGCACGUAGUUCAGCGAACUCGUUCUUUUAUGGAGGUAAGAUCACUACAUGAGGUGACCAAGAGCAGAUCGCGUCACCGACCAAACACAGAGACCAUGCUAGAGACUAUAUUUCACACUAUCAAGAACAUUCAACCUCCUAAGAUCGAUGUGUUUGGUGGCGAAAAGAUUUCAAACGAGUCUUCAAAUAACGACCAACCUGUUGAAAUCCGUAGAAGUAAUUUAGAAGAUACACCUGGCUACGAAGAUGAGGAUGUUCAUUCUAGACGAAGACACAGGAAGAAAAAGAAGAAAAAGGAGCGUUCUGACGAUAAUACAGAAAUCUCUCACAACGCUUCCAGUAAUGUAGAUGUGAUUGAAGCAAGAAACGGCCGUCCACGAAAUAAUCACCACCUUCCAUCGGUGGAAGAUAUCUAAUUGCUAAAUAAAUUAGCAACAGUUAAUCAAGAAGCUUUUACAAAUGUAUCUAGUGCGUUUCUGCUAUCUCUUUUGUGUACUGUAUUUGAAUGCUCAAUUUUACCAAACAAUUUCUAG